UAUCAAUGCAGUUUUGCGUCGUUCUUCCGGUUUAAAAUUAUUUGACUUCUAGAAAGUUUUAAAUCGAAUCUCUCAGUAUUCACCGGUGAUUAGUUGGUGUUACACCAUAAAUUGAGUCACAUAGAUAGAAGGCAAAACAACCACAAGCCCUCUAUGAAACAGCAUCCUGAUGUUUAGAGGACUCCUUGCAGUCCGGUACCACAUUAUUCAUGUGCCCACAUACUGUCAAGAUCUGAUCAAAGUGCGUCUUCCAUUGUUUUGGACACGAUUACUGAACAUGAAGCGAGAAACACUAGUGCGAUACAUCGGUUACUUAUCAAAUUUUGUCCUGUUGGCUGCUAUUUGCCUUGGACUCAAUACAAGAUAUGUGUAUACACAGGAUGUAUGGAUAUUAGUCGUUGGGAUUAUGGCAUUGUUCCUAUUUGCCAUAUCUGCUGCAUUGUCAUAUUAUUUCUCAUUUGAGCUACUAGGAUUCAGCCUUGCUCGUCUAUGGGUCGGUUGUCUUUUGGGUAUCUUAGCAUUUGCUCAUAGUGAAAACAUAUCUCAUGACACCAUGGAGGAUUUAAUGACGGGAUUACUGAUUGGUAGUGUAGUGGUGCGCUCCAUUAUGAAUAUUGUUGAGAGAUUGCUACACAUACCAAAUGAACAUGGAAUGUUACCAGAUUUCAUGGAGAUGCUAGGACUAGCUAUAGGAAGCCUUAUAAUUAUAGGGAACAAUUUCGUGCCAAUAUCUUUGCUUGUAUGUGCUUUUGCAUUCACUGUUGUAGCCAUACAACUAAAAUCAUACUUGGGAUUUCUCAAUCUUGUGGGAUUGAUUUCCAUUGUACAGUUCUUAUUUUUUCCAAAGCUGCUGAAAAUACCAGUAAAUCAUGUUGCUCUGUAUACCUUCAUGACUCGCCUUGCAUUCCAGCCAGUUCUAGAUCUCCUUUUCAGCUCCCAGACUACUCUUGAAUCAUGGGAGAGAUUUUUCAGCCAAUCCAGCUUCUUGCGUCGUAUCAACAUCUUUGGAGUCAUCAUACUCGAGCUAAUUUUAGUGGGAUUUUACGCAAAACAAAUCCCAAACCACAAGGAAUGGUUCAUUGUUGUGCCAAUAUUUAUUGUUUUUACUCUUAUAUGGCUGUGCUUCCAUCUAGUCUACUUAAUCACGAUGUGGCAGUUGAUGAACAAAAUUACAGAAUGUAACGCUACAUUUGAACACAGUCAAGAAGAGGGGAAAAGCCUCACACAAAUCAUGGCAUCCAAAGGUGUGCGUCAUUUUAGUUUGAUCUCACAGAGGCUUGUGUUCUUUACGAUCGUUUCAACGAUAUUAGUGUUUGUGAUUGGAUGGACUGAGAAGACGUCUAUAUCCGUGGCACUAUUUUUGAUGGUUCUACCAAUAGAGUGUGUCACCCUCAGUCUGCUCUGGGAGCUAGGAUCAAUCCUUGGUGGUAUGUGUGUGGGUUAUGCUCUAGUGGCGCCAUCUACAUAUAAAAGGUCUGAUGCCAAUGCAACUGUUCUACAGACCACCAUCAUGCAGGAGUUAGGAGCAAUCUCAACACGUAUCCUGAAUGUAGUUCAACGUUUCUUCACCUUUCACUACAUAGACACAUAUGGCUGUGAUUAUUGCUCCAGUGGUCUCACCCUAGAGUCUGUGGAGACCAAACUUAAAUCAUUUCUUGAAAGGUGUACCUCAGAUGGUCCCAGAUUUGACACAUACGUUGUGUACUAUAGUGGAGAGACCAUGGAAAAUGGAGACUGGGCACUAGCAGGAGACAACAGUUUAAACUUAGACACGUUACUUGAAUGGUGGCGGGAAAAAGAUGGUGGGUCUGGAUCAAGAUUGGUCCUCAUCCUUGACACGUGGCACUCACAUCAGUGGCUACGUCCAGUACGGCGUAUCAAAGACUGCUAUGUCGCACUACAAACCAGUAUCAUUUCCAAGUAUGCGGAUGAGGAGACAGUAUCAGCGACAAACAUUGGUGACUUCACAAAAGAGUUUAUGUACUUUAAUUGUGAAAACGAAGCAGAAAUCGAUUUUACAGAGAAGAAUCGUGUAAUCCGAGCACUUUAUACAGUCUCACGAAGCUGGACUGAUUUCAUGUUUCAUUUACCAACAGAGGAGGAUAUUACAAAUCAUUGGAACUCCAAUUUUCCAAAGUUGACGCGGCCAUUGAUUAAAGCCACAAACUUGCCAGGGUUGAGCAGCUUAUGUUGUUGUUGCGAUUGUGUUUUCCGGUGUUUGCGACGUAAGAAAAUGCGCUGGUUGCCCCCAAAUGAGCUUGAUACAGGACAUGGGUUUAAGCUUGUACGAUCAUAGAAUUCCAUACCAAACAGUAUUCUAAUAAGUGAAGUCUUCUAUAUUACUAUGUGCAUGUGACACAAUUUACUUAAUCUGUGUGUUCAUAAAAAAUCUCUGCCUUUGAAGUACACCAAUCUCAGAAAUUUCAGAACCUGCACCAUAGACUUUAUGACAUUCCUUCUUUUUGAAAAUAAUUGCAGUUUAGAAAAAUUUCUUAUAGCAACUUAGUAAAUCAAUCUUGAAAAUGGUGCGUUUUGUGGUUUGCACUUGUCUUAUUUGGUCAUAUUUACAGAAAGAAAAGUUGUUGUUUUAUCAAACUCU